AUGCAUUUGGAGCGAUUCCUGAAGACUGCAGACGAAGUAGGAGCUUGGGAAGAGCGUUUACGUCCUGUGCUUGGCUCAUGGAGGAAGAACCCUGCCCUGGCCACGCAGGUCUUGUGCAGGCUCCGUUCGGCCCGACGAUCCAGAGCCGCUUGCAUCCUGUUGCAGGCCAUGAAUUCCAGCCGCAUCGUUCCCAACGAGUUUCACCUUCAUAGCGCCUUGAGCGCCUGCGAACGAUGCAGCGACUGGAGCCGGGCGCUGUGGCAGUUAGGUGACGCUUCCAGCUUUGGCAUUUCAAGCAGCACGGUAGCCUUCAACAGCACAAUGAGUGCGUGUGAAAAGAGCCACCAUUGGCAAUGGUCCUUGCAUCUGCAUAAGGAGAUGGAGCAGCAGAUGAUCAGCAAGGACACCAUCUCCUACAGUGCGGGAAUUAGUGCUUGUGAGAAGGCGGGUCGGUGGCAGCAGGCCCUAGUUCUUUUCCACGAAAUGCAAAAGCGGCGAGUCCGCAAAGAUCAGAUUCUGUAUGGUGCGGCCAUCAGUGCUUGUGAGAAGGGCGAAGCAUGGGAAUGCGCGUUGACAUUACAUCAGCAGUGCCUGGACGAAGGCAUCCGUCAAGAUGAGGUGAUCCAUGGCGCCUGCAUCAGCGCGUUUGAGAAAGGCGCUCAAUGGCAGCUGGCUCUGUCCUUUUUGGACAAGGUGCCGGCUUCCAGGGUGGCUUGCUGUGCUGCAAUCAGUGCUUGUGAAAAGGCAGCGCGCUGGCAGACAGCUUUAGGUCUGCUGGCAACACAGACAGUGGAGGCUAUGCAGACUAAGGUGGAUGUCGCCAGGAGCGCAGCGAUCAGUGCAUGCGGCAAGGCCAUCGCGUGGCAAAGCGCCUUGGUGCUCUGCGGACAGGGCCUGCACGACGCCAUUGCGUACAACGCUGCCAUCAGCGCAUGUGGGGAUGCUACGCAGUGGCCCUGGGCACUUCAUUUCUUCCAGGAGAUGGGGCAGAAGCAGCUGCAGCGCAGCCAGAUAUCGUUCAAUGCUGCAGUGAGUGCUGUGGAAUGGCCAACGGCCUUGGAGAUUUGCCAGAUGAUGCACUACAGCCUCAUACCUCCAGAUGUGAUGACCUUCAACUCGAUACUCCAGAGCUGUGCCGUGGCUAUGACUCUUGGCAGGGCUGGGGAUCGGCUGGGGAAAACCGUUCUUCUGUGGAUGAUUGACCGAUGCAAAAAGAGGAUAAAGAGUCGUCGCAUCCAGAAAGUACCCAGGCAAUGGUCACUGGCCCAAGAUGUGCUCGAGCAGAUGAGACAGUGCCAGCCUUUCUCUUGGUGGUACAGAUUUGCCGCAAUGGACAGACUUGGGACAGGUCUGUUUGCUUCGGUCUCCUUCGGAGGCCUUGAAUGUUCCAAGGCGGAGUGUGCCAUUUGGUGCCCUCCCCAGCCGAUGCAUUUGAGUGACAAGCUGGAAAGGACUCUCUCACGAAUCCAGAUGAAGCAUGAUGAAGCUUGA